AUCUGUGUCAACGGCCGCACCGCGACGAUUCAAACGAGACACAGUUCCACGAAACGAGACCCGCCAUUGGUGCUCCUCUUCCACCUUUUCCAGCUUUUACAUGCUUGCUGCUCGAUAUCUUCAUACACACACAGACAUGGUUAUGUGCAUAUAUGCUCGUACACCUGCGCAUCACUCUCCUUUUAAGUAGGGGAGGCACUGCAGGUGGAUCGAUAAACUUGAGAGACAAACGGCAGGACGAAAUCUUCUCAAAACCUCGCUUUUCCAUCAUCCACAUCUCCGUCGGGAUAUUUGUGGCGACCGUGAGGUGUCGAGGCUGAGAUCCUCUGUCGAAUCGCAGCGAAUGUUCCUCCGCAUUUUUUCAAUCGAUUUGAACAGCGUGGUUCCUUUCCGCCACGACAAUGACGUCGUCAGAAAACGUCGUCCCUACCAACCUGCACUCCUCUGAGAAUUCACAUUUUUGUUCGUCUGCCCUCGCCGAGAAGGUGAAUCAUUCGCCCCGUCUGUCGCCCUCACAAGAACCUCAAGAACCGAGAAAGGAAAACUAUUCUGUUUCUUCAUCUUCUCCCUCUUCUUCUCCUUCUUCUCCUCCUUCCUCCCCUUCGUCUUCUCCUUCUUCCUCCCCUUCGUCUUCUCCUUCUUCCUCCCCUUCGUCUUCUUCUUCUUCUUCUCCUUCUUCUCCUUCUUCUCCCUCUUCUUCUCCUUCUUCCUCCCCUUCGUCUUCUCCUUCUGCGUUCCGACCGCUGGCCUUUGACUCGAGACUUGCGGCAGCUCUCGUUCAUCGAAGCGAGGAGAAGGGAGGUUCCUUCUGGACGGAUCGCGCGUUCCGUUGGUCGGCAAUCGGAGUGGAGCAUACACAGAAGAACAUAUGGCCUGCGAAGAAGCGGAGAAGUGGAGAGAAGGAAGACGCGUCGAGAUUCUCUUCUGAAGAGAACGCGACCUCUCUGAAGUGUGUCAACCACAUGGUCCUUCUCCCCCGAGUGUAUGGACACGGGACUUACGGGAAGGUCACUGCUGCUCUCGACCUCGCUGCAGAUCUGCGUCCACUCGCGAUCAAGAGUUAUCUCCCGUACUCGCUUCGGCGCUCGCGGACGGCGACCUUCGGUCCGAGCGGGCCUCAGUUCCUCACGGAAUGGGAGAAGGUUUGCGGCGAACUGCUGAUUCAUGCCUCGCUUCACCAUCGCCACAUUUGCCCUCUGUACGGAGUCGUUGACGACAAGGAGAGAGGCGAGUUUCGUCUGCUGCUUCAACUUCUGCCGCAUGCGUUGAUGGUUUGGAGUGAGAGGUCCCAAGCAUUUCACGUGCUAAGCCCAGACCGCAAAAGAUACAGAACAGGAGACACGCUGGGGGGCGACGCGGUCGCGGGAGCGAGGAUGGAAAUCUUAGUCUACACGGAGGAGGCAGCCCGAGAGAUCAUUGCCCAGCUGCUCGACGCAGUCGACUAUCUCCACUCGCUGGGGAUCGCCCACAAAGACAUCAAACCCCAGAACAUUCUCGCCGUCUCGGCACCCCCUGCAGAGUGGCUUGUCUCCCUCUCUCUCCCACCCCUAUCCCCUUCUUCUUUCUCUGAUUCGUCUGUAUCUCCUUCGUCUUCUUCCUUCUCCAAGGCCGCUGACGACCUCUGCAGCGAGGGACCCACAAACCGACUCUGUCCUUUUGGAGAGGAGGGUCAUGAGACGACUUCUUUGGACAGCCAGGGCGACACAGAGGACGAAGACAUCCUUUUCCUCGAGAACGCAUCUAGCAAAAAGGUGGCGCUUUCGCCUUCUUUCCUCACAGCUGCCAAUGUCGCUGCGGGACUCGUGAGCCCGUACGAUGCGUAUUUCGCUUAUCGGAAAGCAAUCAAAGAAUCAAUGUCCCGAUCCUCUCUCCGAGGCGCGUCUGGUCAUCAGUCUACGGAGGUGAACUCGUCUCCCCCCUCUCCUUCUUCUUUCUCUUCUGCGUCCUGUGGUCGGAAGCGUCCAUCAGGGUCGGCCUGCUCUCCAGUCGCGGCGCGGCUCUCGUUUCCGACGAAGAGGAGAAGCGACAGUGGGUCUGAAGGGGAAUUGUCGUCUCUGGCUGCUCGCGGUCGAGAGAUGUUCAAGAGACUCUCCAGAAGACGUCGACUGGCCUCGCUCGCGUCGGCUGUUUUUCUCGGUGAAGCCGAGGCUCUUUCCCUGUGUCGAAGAAGAAGCGAGUCCCCGUUCUCUCUUCACAGCUGCCGACAGUUUUCCCGACUGCCAGCACGGGCAGAGAAAGAAGGCUCGGGCAGAGAGAGAAGAGCGAGAGAAGAAUCUGUCGGAGAGCGGAGGGAGGGCAAGAAGCCAGAAAGUACCGAGGAAGCGCGAGAAGCAAACGCGGUCGAACAGGAUCAAGGAGAUCAAGGCGAAGAGCCUAGUCCGCAGGAGACGACCACGGUGUGCUCCAACCUCUCGGCGUACGAGUCCUUCCUCAACUGGCACAACACAGUCGACCUCGACGAGGAAAGUCGGUCGUGCGUUUGGAAGCUCGUGGACUUCAAUUCCGCCUCGGUCACGGAGGACACCCGCCUCACCAUCUGGGAUUCAGAAGGCACGCGGCUCUUCACGCCUCCAGAGUGUCUCGGAGUCGCCCAAGAAAAUGGUUAUGACGGCAAAAGCCGGGACAUGUGGAGUCUCGGAGUUUGCCUGUAUUGUCUGCUUCUCGGCAGGCCUCCUUUUUUCGCAGGCAGGGAUUCUGGCCUGGCGCUCGUAGCGGCAAUCAUGUCUGCCGAGGUCGACUUUCCGGUGUACAGACAGCUGAGCGACGAAGUGAAGAAUCUUAUUCGAGGCCUUCUUUCCAAAGACCCAGACAAGCGCUUGACCUCUGCUCAAGUUCGGGACCACCCUUGGAUGAAGCUGCGUUGCUAAAUCCCUCUUUUCUGAAUCCGUUGUCUCAUUUCUCGACGUCAUUGUUACUCCUUUCGACGUCUCUCGUAAAGGCUUUGAAACUCGUCCUUCUCUGCGUCUUAAUUGGUUUUUUAACUUUCUGUGUCUUUGAAUUCCUUUCUCUGUCUCCAGCAACGUGUCUCUUCUCGGGGGGUGCGACGCAGGCGAAGGUCACAGUCUUCAUAUUUAUUGCUGUUUUCGAAUCGCUACAGGUAGCGCUGUAGCGAUUAGAAUUUCUCUGCUCGUGCGCCAGUGACAGUGCGACCCCGGC